UAUUUUAGUCAGUUGAGUUGUUCUCGGCUGUGGGGUAGGCGCUGCUGCUGUCCGCUUCUGACUUCCCCUUUUUUUGACGUACAUUUCGGAAUUUGCGACACGCAUCUGCUCGUCCAGAGGAAAUUGCGAAAAUUGUUGUUGAUACUUCAGCCGAAAAUCCAGAUGCCAGGACUUUUUCCUGCCCCUUAGGACUUUGUGAAACGGAAGGAUCGUCUUUUGGGGGUGAAUUUUCACGUGAGACCAGGAGCUUCUUCAUCAUCCAUAUAUAUAUGUUUAUUCGAUGCUUUGAUGGUUCUGAUUUGUGUUGAAGUGUUUGUGGAGACAUAAUUGUGUUAUCUUGUAGCAUGGACAGAGGUGUAUACUGAGUGGUCGAGUUUUUCCAUCUUCUCGAGAGCUUGGAGAAGUGCGUUGAGAUCAAAGUAAAAUAUUCGAUUAUAUAUUGGAACCGCUAGGUUGGGGGCUGUAGAUACGAUUUUGUCGAAGCAAAAAUGUGGAAGUAACUGCUAUAAAGGAGAAUUCUCUGGGGGAAAUACGGGGAAGAAAGGUAUGAAAACAAACUACUGAUCCAGAAACUGUGUCCUGAGGUAAUUUGGCUUCGUAGUUACUAAUUCAAAGUCUACAAAUUGGUCACUUGUAAGUGGUGAAGUGCCAUGGCCUGGCAUGGGAAGGUCAGGCCCGGCCUGCUUCUUCUUCUGUUUUCCUUUGUAGUUAUAUCGGAAGCUAUGACGAAAGUGAAAAAUGCGUUUCCCGAAGUGCAGGGAUCGUAUCGAUAUGAGACGGCUUACGCAUGUGAGGGGAAAAUUCUGAAGAUAGAAUGUAAGGAUGGUGAACUGAUAAAGUUGAUCAGGGCGAAUUAUGGUAGAUUCUCGAUAGCCAUCUGCAACGACCAUGGACAUACGGACUGGAGUGUUAAUUGUAUGUCGCCUAAAUCUCUGAGGGUUCUUCAUGGCAGGUGUACGCAAAAUCAAAACUGUAGCAUACCAGCCUCCACUAGUAUGUUUGGAGAUCCUUGUCCAGGAACGCAUAAGUACUUGGAGGCCCAUUAUCAAUGUCUACCUGCUACCACGACCACAACAACUAACCGACCCAGUCCACCAUGGCUCAUAACAUCCCAACCGCCGAUGUGGAGCACGAUAAAGCCGACGUCGAGGCCGGUGGUGAUACCGGUCAAUCCGAAGAGUUCCAGGGGGCCACCGUUGAAAACUUCGACAAUUCCUAGCACUGUAACUACCAGCACGACUACAGUCCCGCCACCACUUCAACCGCUUCCAGACGAAGAUGUGUUCGGCAAAAAUGACAACUUCAAUCCUUUACCGGAGGAAAUAACCACCAUCUCUUACACCACCUUCGUACCGAAGAGGAUUAGUCCCGAAUCAACGAUACCCAACUCCUACGUACCAUCGCCGAGCGUCCUUCCAUUUUGGAACGAUAAGUCCGAGUAUCUGGAUUACUGCACGCCCAUGAACAUGCGUACCAUAUUCUGGAAUUGGACCAGGGUCAGAGACAUGAACAUCCAACCAUGUCCUGGAGGCACAACCGGCUACGCCAAAUGGCGCUGUAUAGAAACGGAGAACGGACCAUCCUGGUAUCCGGAUACGCCAGAUCUGAGCGCUUGCAGGUCCGUAUGGUUGACCAGUUUGGAGCAGAGGAUCCAGAACGCGAACGGCAAGGAUCCGUUGCUGGCUAUCACCAACGAUUUGGCCCAGGUGACGAGUAGCAAGACGCUGUACGGAGGCGAUAUGAUGAUAACGACGAAGAUCAUAAAAACGCUGACUCGCAAGAUGUCCCAGGAUAUCCUGACUUUCGCCGAUCACACUCAACGCGAAACUUUCGUGACUGAAAUGCUCAACCACGUCGUGAAGACUAGCAGCAACCUGCUCGACGCUUCUCAGCACCCGUCUUGGACCGACCUCAGUUACGAGGAACAGAUGCGUGUCGCUACAUCGCUGCUGAUCGGUCUCGAGGAAAACGCUUUCCUCCUGGCGAAUACCGUGAUCCACGUAAUCGGUAAUAAAACCUUCGACCAACAGGUUAAAAAUAUACGGUUAUCAGUGAUAGUGUUAGAGAUAAAACAGAUAUCCUCGGAGAGAUAUCCUGGAGGGUAUCCUUGGAGUUCAGAAAACGACUCCAUACUUCUUCCGCAAGGGGCUUUGUUGGAUAACAGUGAUGGCGAAUUAGUAAGACUAGUGUUCGCCUCCUUCAAUCGUUUAGAUGAAAUUCUACAGUGGCGUCCCGACCAUUCGGACACAAUAGCAAACAAGAACGUUAGCAAGGUUCUGAACAGCAAAGUGAUCUGCGCUAGUUUGGGUAAAGGAAGGCAUAUCCAACUGAAGGAACCUGUAUCGUUGACCUUUAAACAUAUCCAUACGGAGAACGUGACCAAUCCAUCCUGCGUCUUCUGGGAUUAUUCCAUGAACACUUGGUCCAACGAGGGUUGCAAUGUGGAAUUCUCGAAUACUACCCAUACGAUAUGUCAGUGUAACCACUUGACGAAUUUCGCUGUGCUUAUGGAUGUUCAAGCUAUACUGUUGCCAAUUCCCCACCAGAUAGCUCUACAGAUUAUAACUUAUGUUGGUUGUAUCAUAUCCAUUAUCUGUUUAGUGUUAGCUGUUAUAACUUUCCAAAUCUUCAGAGGAUUGAAGAGUGAUCGCACCACCAUCCAUUGUAAUCUAUGUUUGUGUCUAUUGAUAGCCGAAUUCUUGUUUCUGCUUGGGAUAGAACAGACUGAAAAUAAAUUAGCCUGUAGUAUUGUAGCUGGUGCGCUACAGUUCUUCUUCCUGAGCGCAUUCGCGUGGAUGUUCUUCGAAGGAUUCCAGCUGUAUGUCAUGCUGGUAGAGGUGUUCGAAGCCGAAAAAUCCAGACUAAGGUGGUACUAUCUCUUCGCAUAUGGUAUACCUACCAUUAUAGUUUUGACUUCAGCGCUGAUAUAUCCUCAAGGAUACGGAACGGAAAACUUCUGCUGGCUGAAAACUGAAAAUUACUUUAUUUAUAGUUUUGUGGGACCUGUGAUUGUUGUUCUUUGUUUGAAUGUUGUUUUCCUGACAUUAGCGAUAGUGAAGAUGUGUAUCCACGCAAACAAUUCCGUUUCGAUUAAGAAUAAGGAACAUUCCAGAUUGGCCAGUACCAGUGGAAAGGAAGAAAAUGCACUGUCAACCAAAUUUCAAGCUAACUUGGUAUGGCUGAAAGGUGCCAUUAUACUAGUAUUCCUGUUAGGUUUAACGUGGACAUUCGGAUUCUUAUACGUCAGUAAGGAAUCGGUUGCCGUAGCCUAUGUCUUUGCGUCGUUGAAUUCGCUUCAAGGAUUCUUCAUAUUCCUGUUUCAUUGUGUCCAAAAUGAGAAGGUGCGAAAAGAGUAUAGAAAGUUCAUAAGGAGACACUCUUGGCUGCCAAAAUGUUUGCGUUGCUCAAAAUCAGGCGCCGGUGCCAGUAGCAGUAGUGGUAGCUCUGGUAUGGCGAAGGAGAGAAGGACGAGCCUGUACGCUGGAUCGAACGGAAAUCCAUCUGGUUCUCACAGCCAUUCGACGGACUCGCCGCAUGGAGCUAGUUUACAACGGGGGUGGAAUUCGCGCAGUUGCAGCAACGUCAAUCGUGUAGCAAAAACCCCUGUGCCCACAUCUACAUCGGGCACCAUGGCUGCUACACUCUGUCGUCCCCCACCUUCGAUCCCGUCUCCUCCUUUAGAAGCCCCAAACACUUCCACCCUUCCCUACAUACGAAAUUUCUAUAACAACUCCUCGCCUGUAAUAAGCAACUUGACUAAAUCGGCUUCUUCAUGGGGACCGCUCCACAAACCCCUACACUGGAAGAACAUUUCUUUUAAAUCGUACAGUCGGGAUUCCGGACAUGGUGGAUCAGAACAGGAGGACUCUCCGAGGUCUCAAGGUGUACUAAAUGAUACUAGACUUAACAAUGCCAAAGAUGUACAUCGUCAAGCAUUCCUGUCCGCCGAUGGUCAGCAAAUGGGCACGCCAUCCAGCUACGUGGAUUACGCGCACAGACUCGAGACGUUGCAACAUCCCAAACAUAUAUCGCUAGCGCAAACGUUGCAGGUGCACGGGCAAAGACGGAAAAACGGCAAUUUUUGCAAGCCGAUGAAUUGGAAUCAUCACACCUACACGGAAAUUUAUGACGGUCGAAUGCCUAGAUGUCUAGCGCCCGAAGACGAUCCAGUUUACGAGGAGAUUGAAAGGAACGAAAUUCAAGUAUCAGAUAUGAGUGACGAGGAUGUGAAGCGUCAAAGUGAUAUGAGUAGACAAUCAUCGAGAUCGUAUGGUGAUCACCGUCCCCUUAUACCCUGCAGUCCAGGAAUUGACAGGAGUAUCAUAGAGGCAACACCAAAACAUAAGGAACUAAACCGUUACACACCUGACAUGGAGGCUUACCGAAUGAGACCUCCAAAUUUCUAUCGGGGAGAUACAGCAAGAUCUCUGGCUGCCGUGCUUGAUGGGGAAACUGUAGUGUGCCAUUUAGAACCACCCGACAUGUAUCCGAGGACUGUGGGCUUACCCCCUUAUAGUGAGAGUUAAAAACUGCCAUUUGCAAGUAAAUAUCUGUGAUUAACGCAUGAUCAAACUAUUUAUCGGUCAUAGUAUAGUGAGCCCAGCUUGAGAAGGAUUUAAUAAAGUGAUAAUUUUAUAAUGAACUAUUUUAUUAAAGGUAUUUAAUGUGAAUACGAAUGUCACUUAAAUGUGAGUUAUUCGAGUCAAAUGUAUAUCUCUACUUGUUUUUGAAUUUGUUUAUUUAAUUUUUCAAUGUUUUAUUGCCAAUAGUGAAAAAAAUCCUAAAUUGUACAAAGUUUGUUUGCUCAUAAUUAAUUAGUGUAUAUAAACAUAAUUAUGCUUACCAAAUAUGGCAAACUGAUUACUUAGUAUAUUAGAAAUACACUCGCUCCAGACGAACCAAUUACGGUUCAAACGCUACGUCCCAUAAUGUUUCCGAAUGUUCUGUUAUAACUAAUUGUGCAAUUCCCGUUUAUGUGAAGAAGUUGGUUUCUACAGAAUAGUAACAAUUGUACGCUUCAGAAAUGGUAAAGUUAGACAGCACCAAACAUGUAAAUAAAGAAAGAACAUUUUCCAAUUGUGUACAUGCGAACCUCUGUCUUCUUUCUCCUAAAAAUGAAACUAUACAUGUUGAUAAUUAGUUCGGAGAAUGUAACACCUCAGUAUCUGUAAUUUUAUGUACAUUUAUACCACAUCUUGGAAAAAUAGUUAUAAAAAAAAAUGUGAAAUGUUUCCCCAACUGUUAAAAAUGUAGAAAGUCGUUCAUUAGUGCCCUGUAUGUUGUUGAAUUUUCCUCGGAAAAUUUCUGUUUCGAUACUUAUUUUCAUUUUUUGAAUCGAAUUUCCCUCUGUGAUCUGUCUAUCCUGAGAAAAUAAAUCGAUGUGAACAUUUUUAAUAUUUUAUUUAUUACAAUCAAUUUUAAGUUAUCGACUGAAAAAUAUUAUCUGAUUUUAAAAAGUUGUAAAUUGACUAAAGAGAAAAUUUGUAGCUCAACUUAUUUUUAUUGGGAGUAUACCAAUUUGUACUUGUAUAGUAUAAGAAAUAAAAACAGGUUAGAAAUUUAUACGAUUCGGAUUGGUUUUAUUCAACUUGUGAAUGAAAAAAUUGAGAAGCUGUGAAGGAUUAUGUAAAUAAAGAACUUGGAAUUAAUCAACUAUAGUGAAUUCUUCAUUCGAUUGGUUUAUACAGUGUACUAAUGAAAAAGAGUAAAUAUUUCUAAUUGUCAUCCAAAAGUCAGCGAAUGGCAUAGAUCAUUUUGUAAUGAUAUUACUUACAUAUUUGUAAUUUGUAAUUAUAUUUAUUUUUGAAAUAAAAAUAUUACUGUCACUCUCCAA